AUGAUUCUCUCGCGGCGAGCGGUGCUCUUCGUCGGCCUCGCUUUCAUCUCCCUUCUCCUCAUCACAGCCCGCCAAUUGUCACAGUCAUGGUCUGGAGAUAUUCGCCAAGUCGUCGGCCUAGGCGAAUUCACCUACUCGCUGGGUGCUAACCGAUCCCAUUCGUUCAACGUCACAGGCCACGGUAGCAAAACCCUCUACGCGCCGCAGCCUAAUUUCACCCCGGGGAUCCCUAAGCCCCCUGGCGAAAAAUAUACCAAGACUCUGGUCAUCCCGCGCACGAGCCAAGAGGAUGUGAGCUGGAUCGCGGACGAGCUCCCAGACUGGGAUACUGCUAUCUACGUCGCCGAUGAUUCAUCGGCACCACUCCACCCUCCCAAGAACAAAGGCCACGAAGUGAUGAUCUACCUGACCUAUGUGAUCGAUUUCUACGACCAACUUCCCGACGUGGCCGUGUUCAUGCACUCUCAUCAGAAUGCGUGGCACAAUGACGAGCUCUUCGACGGCGAUGCAGCGGAGAUCCUCCGACGGCUGAGCAUGCCCCGCGUCGUGCGAGAAGGAUACAUGAACACUCGUUGCCAAAUGGGCCCCGGGUGUCCCGAUUGGAUGCACCCCGGGGCCGUGGUCCAAGACGAGGCGAAGCAAGAGGAAGUGAUGUUCGCCCGCGCGUGGGGUGAACUGUUCCCGACGAGCCGGUCCCAUCGCAUCCGCACGAUCCCACGAUCACGCUUUAUCUUCUAUCGUGACUGGCUUCUCCAUACUGACUUGAGCGAUUAUAUCGCGGGGCGCAUUUGGGAGUAUCUGUGGCAAUAUGUGUUCACAGGUGAGCCUGUUGUCUGUGUUCCAGAGAAUGUCUGUCUUUGUGAUGGAUACGGCGUCUGCUUUGGCGGACCGGAAGAGUUCCAGCAAUAUAAGGACCUGGUGGAUGAACGAAACUAUCUCCAGCAGGAACUAUCGGAUUGGGCGUUCUUGGCCGAGGAUAUCCAGGAAGCCGAGGAUAACCACCAAUUGGACGAGACCAUGGACCUCAAAAUUCCGCCGCCGGCUCGCCAGGGGAGAAGACAGACAAUGUACAGCAAAAAGUCGCGUGCCCUUGAAGCCAAUCGCCCAUGGAAAGAGGGCGAUGGCUUCUAA